GGUCAGUAGUGCCAAAAAACAUAAAGGAAAGAGAAGAAUUGGUGCAUUUGUUGGUUAUAUUUUGAUUUCAGCACUACACGAUUAUUUAAAAAUGUUUAAAAUGAGUAUAUUUAAACAAUUUAGAAACCUACAGUUGCUUGAAAGUGCCCUAAUUAGAAGUGGAAUCAGUUCCUCAAAACUACUCGCUUCUCGUUCUAUGUCAUUUGCGGUAAAAUUGGAUAAACCGGAAAAUUCUAAUACAGAAAAUAAAAUAACGGCAAAUGUAUCGGAACAGCAGUUUCUAGUAAAGUUAAAAUCAGAUCCAGACAAAUUCGGAAAUCUGUCGCCGGAUGAACCUCUUACCGAAGAUGAUCUGAGAGAGGAAGCCCACUUUACAGAACAACCCUUACCUACCCAUAAAUUAAGAACCAAAAAUUAUGCGGACAUGAUAAAAAAUUUAAUACGCCAAAGAAAAAUAAAAGAAGCCAUAGAUGUACUCGAAAUUAGAAUGUUAAAACAAGAUAGAGUGAAACCUGAAAACUAUAUUUACAAUUUGCUUCUAGGAGCUUGCGGACGAGUAGGUUACACUAAAAAAGCUUUCAUGCUAUAUAACGACAUGAAAAAGAGAGGCCUGGUAAUAACAGGCGGUACAUACACAGCUCUUUUUAACGCUUGUGCUAAUAGUCCUUGGCCCCUCACUGAUGGCUUAACCAGAGCUCAGCAUUUAAGAGAUAUUAUGAUUGAAAAAGGUUAUGAACCCAAUGAUACUAACUAUAAUGCUAUGAUAAAGGCAUUCGGAAGAUGUGGUGAUCAUUCUACUGCAUUUUCUCUGGUAGAUGAAAUGGUAUCAAAAGGCUUACCCAUCAAGGAUGACACUAUAAAUUUUCUAUUGCAAGCUUGCAUUGUAGACAAAGAGGCCGGAUUUAGACAUGCUUUGCUCGUUUGGAGAAAGGUUAUUCAGAAAAAUAUCAAACCUAGCAUUUAUACAUUUAAUUUGUUAGUAAGAUCUGUCAGAGAUUGUGGAUUGGGUGACGUUGAAGUAACUAGAAACGUGAUAGAUUCUAUUUGUAAUGAACAAAAACUGUUGAGCGGCGAUAGUAAAAAGUUAGAAAAUAAAAACGAGCUUAUAGAAAGUAAAAAUACAGACACUCAUUUAGAUCAGUUAGUUUCUAAGGACUCUGCUCUUAGUCCAACAAAUUGUAGACCUGAUUUGUUAGCUAAAGUACCUCAUUUGGGUAACAUUAUCAGUCUAUCAGAAGUUAUAGAAGCGGAACAUAGACUUCUACUCCUGGGUGGAUUUAAAGGGUUUUUGGACACUGUUAAAAAAUUCGAGUGCACACCAGAUAUUAAAACUUUUACGCAACUACUGUAUUGUAUUCCUAGUACUUUAGCUGCCGAAAAAGAACUAAUAGCUGCUAUGACGAGGUUUAAAGUCAAACCCGAUGUUGAUUUUUAUAAUAUGCUUAUCAAAAAGAGAAGUAUGAGGUUUGAGUACGAAUCCGCAAAGGACGUUUUGAAUUUAAUGAAUAAACAUAAUUAUAUGCCGGAUUUGGUUACUUACGGUGUUUUAGCAAUCGGUUGCAAAAAUAAAGAUGAGGCAACUGAAUUGAUAGAAGAAAUGAAACAAAAAAGUUACAGUUUAAAUGCAGAAAUAUUGGGCGCCAUGCUCCGCCAAGCAUGUUACCAUUUCAAUUAUUGGUACGUUUUGUAUAUCAUGGAGGUGUGCUUGAAUGAAGAAGUUCAACCUAACAAAAUGUUUAUGGAAACUCUACAUGAAUUUCAUAUAAGAUCUAAAAAUUUAUAUUACGACAAGAAACUGAGGGAAGAACUUCACAGGAGCUUCAUUAUGUUCAGGCAACGUUACAAAGUGUGGCUCCAACAAGUUUCUGUAGAUGAAACGGAAAAUGAACAUCCCUGGAAACAAUUUAGGCAGACCACAGAUGAAGAAACCAAGUACAAACCAAAGGAUGUAGCUAGGUUUAAACCUAGGCGCGCUUCUUUAUUUAAAGUUAAAACUUCUACAAAGCAUAGACGAGAAGAUUGAAUUAUGUGAUAUUUUUUUUUAUAAACAUAUAAUUUUUUUUAAGUAUUUUGUUUUUAAAUGAGAUUUGUCUAACUUCUAACCAAUUAGGCAUUCCAACGACCUGUCAAAAUGCUGCCAGAGGGAACCGACAGUUUAGAUAUGGCAAACCUGUGGGCCUAGUAUCAUUGACAGGGUCAAUGAUACAUAUAUACAUUGCUCAAAGCGGGUCGUUUGAGAGCGGCCAUAUUGCCUGGCAAGUGUUUAUUAACUUGAAUCGGUUUAGCAAAAAUGUGUUUUAAAACCAAUUUCCAACCUUUGAAUAUUUAAAAAAAAUUGCUUACAUUUUUACUUCAAG